CGUUCCGUUUUUCGUUCGCUCUUCGCUCCGUUUCAUUCGGCGGUUCGGUUCACCUGUCUCGAAAAAUCCUUGGCGCCUAUUAUAACCGGCUUUUCUAGUAAUUUUCGAAUUAUUCCAUCAAUUUGUAUUAAUACCUCUCAGUUAUCGCCUUGAAGUGAAACAAUGGCUACAGACGACGUAAAUAUUGCCGAAGACGCCGAAAUGGCAGAAUGCGAUGGGGACAAAGUUGUUACAAUGAUGGAUGUUUUACAAGAGCAGCAGGACUUCGAGGAAGAUGCCAACGCUGUCCUGGGAGCCUCUGACGACAAGAACUGCACUUAUCCUAAGGGCUACAUCAAGAGACAAGCUCUGUAUGCUUGCCUGACAUGCUGCACCGAAGCUAAGACUGACCCCACAAAGAGGGCUGGUGUUUGCCUUGCAUGCAGCUUAACCUGCCAUGAAAACCAUGAACUCGUUGAGUUGUACACCAAAAGGAACUUCAGAUGCGAUUGUGGCAAUCCCAAAUUCAACUCCAACCCUUGCCAAUUCACUUCGGACAAAACUGACCUCAAUGAGGGCAAUGUUUAUAACCAGAACUUCAGUGGGCUUUACUGCACCUGCCACAGGCCCUACCCUGACCCAGAAUCAACCAUCGAGGAUGACAUGAUCCAAUGCAUCAUUUGUGAAGAUUGGCUUCAUGCAUCUCAUCUGGAUGCUGUAGUACCUGCCAAUGAUCAAUACUCAGAAAUGAUCUGCAAGAGUUGCAUGGAGAAGAAUGAGUUUCUUCAUGAUUAUAGCAUGUUUGCAGUAACUGUUGAGACAGGAGAUGUAGAUAUUGUAUCAGUCAAUGGUGAUUCUAAGUCUACUGACAAUAGCCUUUGUAAUGGCGAUCUGGAAAAAGAGAAACUAACCAAUGGCAUAGAAGUAAAUAAAACUGAAAGCGAACCUGCAAACGUAACUGUUAAUGGGGAUGUUGAAAUGAGUGAGGACAAAGUAAAAGAUGAUGCAGAACAGAAAAUAACUGAGGAACAAAAUUCUAGUGCAGUAAAUACAGAAGAAAAACAAACUGACAUAAGUAAUGUUGAGUCAGAGUCUAAAUCUGAAGAUAAGGAAAAGGCAAAUAUUGAUGAAAGUCUGGCGGAUACUGAAACCAAGACAACAGAGCCAGAAGAUCAGCCUAUGGAGACUACUGAAAUAAAAGAAGAUGAAAAAACUACAGAAGAGUCGAAUACUGGGAAGGAUAAUUUAGAGACAGAAAAAGGCACUUCAAAUGAACAAUCUGAAGAUAAAUCUGAUGCAACAGUAAUUACAUCUGAACAAAAAUCUGACCAAAGCACUGAUGAAAAUGCUGAAAGCACAAAGGAAAAUUCUGAAAACACAAAUGAUAUGGAUAGUAAAGAUAUCAAAACUGAUGACAGUACACAAAGUACUGACAAAGAACCACAAAAAACAGAUGCAGCCAUUAAUGACCAGUCUGAGAAACAACAUGAAGGUGAUGGUGAUAAGGUACAAGAAAGCUUAGUGGAGACCAGUGAAGAAAAAUCUGAACAACAGCUUUUAAAUGACCUUAGUGAAUUAACAGCUGACAAUUCAGUAGCUGAAGAAAAAAUGGAUCAAUCUGGAAGUGGAGAAAAUGUUCCUUCAAAUACUACAGAAUUGGCUGAAGAAAUAACUAAAGAAAGUGAAAGUUCAGAUCAGAAACCAGUUAAUGAAAACACAGCUGAUGCAAAUAACAUAGAAGUACCAGACACUUCACAACCAGCUGAGAAUGAGAAGGAGAAUCCUGAAGAUAAGACUGACUCUGUGAUGGAUGCUAUUGAUGAACUGUUAGACACGGCAAAUAAUGCGAAAGAGAACGCAACUGAAGAACAACAAGAAGAAACUAAGAAUGAGUCAUCAGAGAGUAAAGUAGAAAGUACUGAACAGAAAGAGUCUGAUGAUGUUAAUAUGAAACCCAGUGAAACUCAACCUAACCAAGAAGUACCUGAAAAGACAGAUGAGACAGCUGAACCCGACGAUAAAAUUAACACGAUUAAAGACACAGAUGUUGAAAUGAAUGAUAACGAUGCACAAAAUCAGCCUGCAAGUGAAGAUAAACAGAAUGAUGAGCCUGGAAGCGAAUUCGGCAAAGAUGACAACGCUGAAGAUAUUGACAAAAGUAAAGAUAUUGACAAACCUGACGCUACUGUAACUGAUGACAAACUUGACAGUGAAUCUGUUACAGAUAUAGACGAAAAAUCGCAAGUUACUGACGCAGCUAAUGAAACAAUUAACCAAGAUAACAAAGCUUUAAAUGAAACUGACAGUGAGUUGAAAACUGCUGGCGAGAAUGGUAGUACUACAGAAGAUGAUGAAUGCAAAGAUAAAGAUAAGAAUGAAGGAUCUAAUUCUACAGAAAACGCAAAAGAACAUAAAAGAAAACUUAGCACUGACGAUAUUACAGACGAUAGUUCGUCAAAGAAAGCCAAAUUAGAAUGCGUACGGCCUAAAGGAGUGAAGAGAGUGCAUAAGGGUGCCACAUUCUGGCCUUCCAACUUCCGUCAAAAGUUGUGCACGUGUGGUGAAUGUACCACCAUGUACAAUGACCUUAAAGUAUUAUAUCUUACUGACCUAGAGGACACAGUGUUCGCCUAUGAAAGUCUGGGCAAGGAGAAUGUAGCUGGAGGGGCCUCCCAGUAUGAGAAAGGCCUACAGGCACUUUCCUCCUUAGACCGGAUACAACAGAUAAACGCUUUAACUGAGUACAAUAGAAUGAGGGACAAAUUGCUUGACUUCCUCAAGAGUUUCAAAGAUAGGAAAGAAAUCGUCAAAGAGGAAGACAUAAAAGCGUUUUUCGCGGGAAUGAAGCCCCGACGGGAACCUGACGGCGUUUAUUUCUGCAGAUAGAAGUAGAAUGUUAAGAAUUAUUUUAUAUGUUUUUUAAUUCAUUUGUGAUUCUGUAACCAUUCCCCGUUUAGUACUUUCAUGUGAUUGAUGGUUAUUGAAUUCUCAAUAUAAUUCAAUUUUAUGA